AUGCCCGUAAGAUGGAUGAUACGGGUUCCACAGGGCGUUUCGUUCCUGCACCUUGCAUGCCGACGUUCCUAUGAUGUUCAACCCCCGUUCUACUUAAAACGAGUCUCACCUGGCCGGGGUUUGCACUUCAGCAAUCCGGUAUUACAAGACGAUCGCAACCCUCUGAGGAAGGAAUUGAAAGAUGCCGCUAGGACGGCCAGGCUUGCGACGGCCGCAACAUGCGUUCAAAGUCCAGAUGUUCUUGAUGGCUGGGACUUGACGGUUGGAAUCGAGGUGCAUGCUCAGCUAAAUACUUCUCACAAGCUUUUCUCAACUGCCCCGGCGGCCCCGACACUGAACCCGAACACCCAGCUUGCCUGCUUCGAUACUGCAGUUCCGGAAAGCCAGCCAGUCUUACAAGCCGGUACUCUCAUCCCUGCACUUCGAGCUGCCCUUGCGCUAGACUGCAACGUACAGUUAAUCAGCAGUUUCGAUCGAAAGCACUAUUUCUACCACGAUCAGCCUGCCGGUUACCAGAUCACUCAAUACUAUCAUCCUUUCGCGAAGGAUGGCUUUCUCAAGAUUAACUCUGCCGAUGGUCUACCCGAGAAUCAAGAAAUCAAGGUGGGGAUAAAGCAAGUACAGUUGGAGCAAGACACCGCAAGAUCACAGGACCAAGAUGGCGAGACAACUCUGAUCGAUUUCAAUCGUUCUGGUGUUGCUCUUAUCGAGAUCAUUUCCUUACCUGAUCUUCAUUCUCCUCGAGCUGCCGCCGCAUAUGUCCGAAAGCUACAAGCACUUCUCUAUGCAGUAGAUGCAGUUACAACUGGCAUGGAAGAAGGCGGUCUUCGUGCCGAUGUGAACGUAUCUGUGCGACGCAAAGGCAAUGCAGAAGGGAGCUUCUCGUACUCAGGCGUACAAGGUCUAGGUCAGCGGACAGAGAUUAAAAAUCUUAGUACUUUCAAGGGGAUCGAAGAGGCCAUCAAGGCUGAAAGAGACCGUCAAAUUAGCGUGCUUGAAAGUGGUGGCAGCAUUCAGGCGGAAACGCGUGGAUGGUCCGCUACAAAUCCACGUGAGACCAGAAGACUAAGGGGCAAAGAAGGCGAGGUCGACUAUCGGUAUAUGCCUGACCCUGAUCUUCCUCCGUUGUAUAUUCACCAGUCUCUCGUCGAUCGCCUCGCGUCAACCCUUCCUCCGUCCCCAGAAAAAUUGGUCAAGCUGCUCAUCUGUGAGUAUGGAUUGUCGAGUACUGACGCUGAGACUCUUUGUGCUCUGGACGAUGGUGAAAGGAUGAUCUACUUCCAGGAAGUUGUGCAAGAGUUCAUCAGGGCUGUCGACCGUCCGAUACCCAAAGAAUCUGUUGGACAAUUCGUCGCAAAUUGGGUUCUACACGAACUCGGUGCGCUUUUGUCCUCAGAUGAUCAACCAUGGUCAAAAGAACUGGUCCCUGCAAGCCAACUCGGGGAGAUCUUGUCUCUGUCAAGCCUCGGUAAGAUUACUGGCGGCUCCGCAAAGAUUGUUUUGAAAAUGAAAUACAACGGCGACAAACGUCUAGUUUCGGACAUCAUUGAUGAGGAGCAGUUGCACUUCCAAAAUCUCUCUGACACGAAGUAUGAGUCAAUUGCGCGGGAAAUCAUGGACAAAUACCCUCAGCACGUGGAAGAUAUACGCGAGAAAAAGAAGAUGGGCAAGCUGCAGUUUCUUAUGGGCCAAAUGUUUAGACAUCCAGACAAGGGAAACAUGAAACCACAAGAAGCUGAAAGAGCAUUUCGUCGACUGAUCUUGGGCGAAAAAUGA